AUGAAGUUUAUGAAACUUGGAACAAGGCUUGACACCUUCUACACAGAGGAGUCCACCAGGACAGUGAUAUCUGAUGUACCAAGUGACCUCACAAUUAGAGUAAAUGAUAUUAUUUAUCUUCUUCAUAAGUAUCCUCUUCUUCCAAAGAGUGGCCUACUACAACAGCUUUGCUCAGAGUCGGAAGAAGAAGAUUCUAGCAACAUCACCCUGGAGCUGCAAGAUUUUCCUGGAGGAGAAGAGGCUUUUGACCUGUGUGCAAAGUUUUGCUAUGGGAUCACGAUAAAUAUCAGUGCACAUAAUUUUGUACCUGCUUUUUGUGCCUCCAAGUUUCUUGAAAUGACUGAAGUAGUUGAAAAGACGAACUUUGUCACGAGAUUGGAAGUUUUCUUCUCAUCUUGCAUUCUAGAAGGUUGGAAGGACUCCAUCGUCACACUGCAAAACACUGGAAGAUUGCUUGAGUGGUCAGAAAAACUUGGGAUAGUCAGAAGGUGCAUUGAAUCCAUUGUUGAAAAGAUACUGACACCUCCACCGAAGGUUACAUGGUCUUAUACCUACACUAGACCGGGGUAUGAAAAAAGGCACCAUCAAACGGUUCCAAAGGAUUGGUGGACAGAGGACAUAUCUUUCCUUGACAUAGACAUAUUCAGAUGUAUAGUUACUGCAAUUAGGUCUACAAAUGUGCUGCCACCGCAGCUUAUUGGAGAAGCUCUGCAUGUGUAUACGUGUCGUUGGCUACCAGACAUCACAAAAAGUAGGCCUAGAGAGAGCUCAACUUCUCAAGCAGAAAAUUGUUUAGACAGAAAAGAGAAAAUUCUAGAGACCAUCGUGAACCUGAUUCCAGCGGAUAAAGGAUCUGUCUCAAUUCGAUUCAUGAUAAGACUCCUUGGCCUUGCGAACUUUCUUGGGGCAUCUCCUGUGACAAAGGCAGAACUCACUAGACGAUCAGGCAUGCAAUUUGAGGAGGCAACAUUGAAUGACCUGCUGCUUCCUGCUCAAUCGUCUAAUGAUCACAAUACUUCUUAUGACAUUGAUUUGGUUAAGACAGUAUUGGAGAGUUUCUUGAGGCACUGGAAAAGACAAACUCCUACUGAUGAAAACCAGUCAAUAAGAUUAAUUAGAAAAGCUGGAAAGCUCAUUGAUUCUUAUCUGCAAGUGGUGGCAAAGGAUGCCUGCAUGCCAGUUCAGAAAGUGGCAUCUCUUGCUGAAGCUUUGCCAAGUAUUGCAAGGCCUGUACAUGAUGAUCUAUACAAGGCAAUUAACAUUUAUCUCAAGGAGCAUCCAGAUCUUACUAAAGCGGACAGAAAGCAGCUCUGCCACGUUCUAGAUUGCCAGAAAUUGUCACCGGAGGUAUGUGCCCAUGCUGUGAAGAACGAGCGCCUCCCAUUGAGAACGGUGGUGCAAGUUCUCUUCUUUGAACAAGAGAAAUCCAACAGGGCAACAAGUAGACAACUCCCAUCUCUUGAGAAAUUGCAAGGAAGGCAACAAACAUCAGAGAUCAGAGAAGACGUAAGCAAAUUAACCCUGGGUUCAGAUGAGAAGCCCAGUAAAGCAAAGGGUAACAGAAGUUCAACACCUAGCACCAGUGGACUUCAUCAGAGAUCUGAUGGAAAGCUGCAACUAAAACCUGAACCAAGCUUCAAAAGAAGAGAAGAGUAUCGGAGCAGACUUAUAGCAAAGGAAGAGAGAGAUAGCCCGUCGUGGCCAGAGACGAGGAUGCCAGUUUCAUAUACACAGGAAAUUACAAAGAGUAAUCGUUUCCCUUCUCGAGCAAAAGCAGCCUCCUUUUUCUAUAUUUCAAGGUUUUACAGUACAAUAUGUACUAGUCCAGCCUGCAAAAUGUACAGUCUCUUCUGUCUGGCUCAAUGGGUCAUAAUCAUAGGGAUUACCAGCCUUCACAGGGAUUACCAGCCUUCACAAAACUCCCUUUCACAGGCUUCCUGA